GUGAGAGAGAAGACAAACAGUCGCCGCUUUAAGAAAGAGAAAUACGACGGAUUUAAAUUUUGUUUCCGGCUGCCGGAGUAAAAGACGGCGAGAUUAUCGGGCCGGUCGUGUGGGUCCCAUUUCUCAAUCGAUUUCUACUCCAUCUUCAUCUUCUCACUCACAUGGGGUAGUGGGUAUGGAGAACUGUAGAGAGAGAAAAUGAUAAAAAGGUAUGUCUCUCUCUCUCUCUCUCACCGGCCUAAUUCCACCAGCAAAGCAUUAGGUUUCAAAAAAAAGUAAAACUUUUCCAUUCUUUCUUCCACAUGUGUCUCAAGGAUUACGCCCGAUCUAGCCUUUGAUUCAUAUCCUUAAACUACCCAGAAGAUUACUAGAUUUUUUUUUGAUUUAGCAAUAACAAAUUUCUUAGAUAUGUCAUCUUCUCCGACAUCCUCGCCGUCUCCGACGACAUCCCCUCCUACCAACACCACAUCCCCGCCGUCUCCUCCGGUUGCUUCCCCACCUCCUACAUCCUCGCCACCGCCACCGGCAUUAUCUCCACCGCCAUCUUCUUCUCCACCGCCGCCUUCAUCACCAGCUCCAGCUUUAUCUCCUCCGGUUCCCGUCACACCGCAACCUUCUCCCCCGUCGCCGGCAACCCCAACCCCAACUACCCAUACGCCUCCGUCAAAAAACCCAUCGCCACCGCCUCCGCCGCCAACGAGAUCCUCACCUCCGCCUCCGCAUCAUUCAUCGAAUACUCCGCCGCCGCCGCCGACUUCGAGCUCCGACUCGUCUACUAUAUCGACGGGUCUCGUCGUCGGAAUUGCAAUUGGCGGCGUUGCUAUUCUCGCGAUUUUGAGUCUUCUGUUUAUUUGUUGUUGCAAGAAGAAGAAGAGAAGGAGAGAUCAUGAUUACUAUGUUCCGCCUCCUCAUGGUCCUAAAGAUGAUCCAUACGGAAUCCAAGGGCAACGGUGGCAGCAAAAUAUUCCACCGCCGGCGGCGGCAAAUCAUCACGCAGUUGCAAUGCCGCCCAAACCAUCUCCUCCAAUUCAAUAUCAACCCCGUCCGCCAUAUUCUCCCGGCCGUCCUCCUCCACCUCCGGCACCUCCACAGGCCUUUAUGAACAGCGGCGGUGGCUCAGGAUCCAACCAUUCCGUUGGAGAAGGAAACCUAUCUCCGGGGAUGUCAUUGGGUUUCACUAAAAGCGCGUUCACUUAUGAGGAGUUGUCGAUGGCUACUAAUGGAUUUUCAGAAGCAAAUCUUCUUGGACAAGGUGGAUUUGGAUAUGUUCAUAAAGGAAUUCUUCCAAAUGGAAAAGAAGUUGCUGUUAAACAGCUUAAAGCUGGAAGUGGACAGGGUGAAAGAGAAUUUCAUGCUGAGGUUGAAACUAUUAGCCGUGUUCAUCAUAAACAUCUUGUCUCUUUGGUUGGAUAUUGCAUCACUGGAUCUAGAAGAUUGCUCGUUUAUGAGUUUGUUCCUAAUAAUACUAUGGAGUUCCAUUUACAUGCAAAGGGAAGACCUCCCAUGGAAUGGCACACAAGACUGAAAAUUGCUCUUGGGGCUGCAAAAGGACUUGCAUAUCUUCAUGAAGACUGCCAUCCUAAAAUCAUCCAUCGUGAUAUUAAGGGUUCCAACAUUCUCCUAGAAAUGAACUUUGAGGCAAAGGUUUCAGAUUUUGGACUUGCAAGAUUUUCAUCUGAUCAGGAUACUCAUGUCUCAACCCGGGUUAUGGGAACCUUCGGUUAUCUAGCUCCUGAAUAUGCGUCUUCGGGUAAACUAACCGACAAGUCCGAUGUUUUCUCCUACGGUGUUAUGUUGUUGGAAUUGAUUACUGGAAGGCGUCCGGUUGAUUCUACUUAUGCUUUCAUGGACGAUAGUUUGGUUGAUUGGGCAAGACCUUUGCUGACACGAGCAUUAGAUGAUGGAAAAUUGGACGAUCUCGUGGACCCACGAUUACCAAAGAGUUUCAAUCAAAACGAGAUGUCUAGAAUGAUUGCUUGUGCCGCAGCUUGUGUUCGCCAUUCUGCAAAACGUCGCCCUAGAAUGAGCCAGGUUGUAAGAGCAUUAGAAGGAGAUGUAUCAUUGUCUGAUCUAAACGAAGGCAUAAGGCCCGGACACAGUACAGUUUACAGCUCUUAUGGAAGCUCCGAUUACGAUGCCAGUCAAUAUAACGACGAUAUGAAGAACUUCAGAAAGAUGGCUUUUCCGAGCCAGGAGCAAGGCAGUAGUGAGUAUAGUGGUGGGAAAACCACUAGCGAAUAUGGUUUGAAUCCUUCUGGUUCGAGCAGCGAAGGAAUUAAUACCAGAGAAAUGGAAUUGGCUGCUGGGAAGAGGGUUCUGCAAUGACAAGUUUCGGUUUAAUAUGUAAAGGAAAAAACAAAAACAAAAACAAUAAACAACUACUACUGUUUGAUGGAUUGUUUUGGUCUUGACUUGACUAACCGUAUUAGAGUUUUACUAUUUUCUUCAAAUGAUUUAAUUAUUAUAGGCAGAACAAUGCAGAUCUUGGUUCAUUUUAUUAUUAUUAUUUUUUAUAUGCUUGAAUAGUUUAAUGAUUUUAGUUUGGCAUCUUUUCCCAUUUUGUAACAAAUUGCUUAUGUCUUUACUGGUUGUAAACUAUGUUCUUGGACAAUGUGAAUUUUUUAUUUGGUUAGUUAACUUGUUU